AUGGUGCGAACGGGAAUUUCAUCAUGUAUCAUGCACACCCACGUUACUCAUUAUUAUCAAUCAGUUUACUACUGGCUUUACAAGGACGAAGGUGCAAUGACUUCCAAAACAUCCUUUGACCCAGAUGAUUCUUCCUUGAGUCAAAUUGAUGUGCUCUCUAUCAUGCCACUUCAAACGGUGUCUUCCCUAAGGUCACAGAUUGUAAACGCUGAGGGUAGUGUUUGCAAGUUCAGUUCAGUCCAGUUUUUUGCCCCCAAAAUGCGCAACCGUGGACCGCAACGGGUCUAGGACCGACCCAGAUAUUGAGGGAACUGAACCGAACCACCUAGAACCGGUCUUUUGCAGUCUAUGGAGCCGGUUCAGACCGAUCCAGACCGGUUUUUUCGCAUAUAAUUUAUUACCAAUAUAAACCAGUUGUAUCUCAACUAUUAUUACUCUGAAAAAUAAACGGGUUAUAUAAUAUAGUAAAGCAUGUAAACACCCAUCAUUCUACCAAUUUUGAAGAGAUUUAAUGAAGAUUUGACAUA